AUGGCGUUAACACAAGUCUUCGAAACCAAAUUCCACUUUAUAAAUUUUCUCAAGUAUUUUUUGUAUUUGACAAUUCUAGCGACAUAUUCAAGAGUAAUAUAUACCUCCGCCUAUUCUAGUGUCUCAUACACCGAAGACCAAGAUAACCUCAUAAUUUUCGAUAGUUACGUUGAUGUAUACGGAACGAUAGUAAUGCGUAUGAUAAAAAACGACAGCAUCUUGCAAUGCAAUAUACCCGGAGAGCCGCGCAUGCAUUUACGACUCGUUUUCUCAAAUGGAACUGUUCGUCCAUUGGAUUUCGACUUUCCUGUGAAUAAAUGGAAUUAUUGUCCGACUGACUGGAUUUACGCGCUUUUAGUAGAACCGAAUCUUAUUCUGUUAAAUUAUUUUGAUUUUUCGGAUGCUGCACCCAAAGUGAAUGGCGUUUAUCGAGAAAAUGGAGUUUUGGUAGACUAUUGGGGAAAUAUUAAAAAUAAUUUUCUGCUUGGUUUUGGGUCAUAUAACAGAAAAUUUACAAUUGGAUUUAGCUCUUCAAGCGGGAUACUAAGAACCUAUCAAUUACCUAAUGGAAAUAUAGGAUGGAACAGAUUCACAAAACCUGAUGAAAACGGCCAAAUAUCGGAUGACGGGGAAGGUUUUUUCUACAAUAAAUCCGUAAAUGAAAAUAUUAUAGAUUACAGGCCAUUCAGUUUACUUGAUGGAGGAUUUGGCUGUACUAUAGUCACCCAAUAUAUAUCUCAAAGUCCACUGGAAUUACAGGAUGCAACGUUUCCGCAAUGGAAUGUAUAUGCAUCAUUUUUGAGACCUGGCAGCUCGAUUCCGACAAAACCUUUUCUUCAGUAUCAGACACCUGUACAAUUAUUAAAACUGGAGCUAAAGCGGUGUGCAGUAGUCUUUGAUGGAACUGGAAAUGAAUGUCUUAUGAUAGCAUCGAUGAAUCGUACUGUUUCGAUGAAAACUCAAAAUCAAACAGCAACCACAGAUGGUAACGGUAAUAAUACAAAUGGCCUUGGUAAUACAACAUUAGCAGAUCUAAACACACCUCUUAAAAUAUAUUCAAGUAUUCAGUUUAGAAGUUACUGUUCUGUGAUUGCCAUUCAAAAAUUAAAUGUUAGUUCUCAAAUGAAUUCCGUGAAUCCACUUUUCUACGGUGGAUAUGUUAUAUAUGAAGCAGUAAAGACAGACAAGACAGGAGGUGAUAUGCUGGAUCGUGAUGGCAACGUAAGAGAAAAAUGGAGCGCUGAUGAACGUUAUCGAAAUCCAAAUAUCGACACUACAUUUCCCACAAUCGGAGCCGUUAUUCCAGCUAAUAUCGCACAAAUAAGCAUCACAUAUAGCGAACCUGUUAUCUUAUCAUCCGGUAAUAUUACAAUAUAUCAAGAAGGCAAAUAUGGAUCAGCUGAUAUGUUUCGUCAAGGAGGAAACCAAUUGUCGCAAUCUCUUCAAAUUACUGUCCAAGAGAAAAAAGUCUCGAUUUCUGUUUUGGACUCUACUUUUAAUGUCCCAAAUGCUACUUAUUAUAUAAUUGUGGACACGAAUUUCGUUCGAGAUUCUGAUACAAGUGAAGCGUUACUUGGAAUGGAUAAAGAAAGUUGGCGAUUUACUACUGAGCCAUAUAAAACUGGUGAAGGCGAUAAUGGUAGAAAAUCAGGAAUAAUUCGAUUGACGCCUGCGGGUACAAUAGCAUUCAAAAACUCAUUAAAGAGUGGUUCAUCCAUAUAUGAAAAUAUAUCGAAUGAGCUCGCAAAAGUUAUUCCAAUCUCACGCAAAAGACUCGAAAUAAAGAAAAAAUACCAAAUCGACGGUGAUCAAAUUCUUCUUCGAUUAAUUAUUCUACCUUCAGAAAAUAAUUCCGAAAAUAGCGUCCAACAGGUUAUAAGCAAUUUAAAGACUCUUAUAAAAUACAAGGAUAUCACGUCUAUUUCAAAAUAUAAUUAUACCGAGUGGUUGGACAGUAGUUAUGGGUUCCAGGAAUCAAUCGAUUUAUUGGAAAAAUACAAGCUUGCGUUUCUUAUAGCUAUUGCUGUCAUUUUCUUGAUUGCUAUUGUGUUUUUCUUAGCUCGACGUAAGAAUAAAAAAGGCCAAAAUACUGUUAUUAUUACUAGUGCAUUGAUUCUACAAGAUAUUGUUUUCGAUUUUACAUUUGUAAUCUUUAAUGGUAAAGAUGUACCGAAACUUUUUAAGUUCAGUUUACUCACACUAAUAAUUCCAGUUGUCAUGAAUUGCGUCGUCGCUUUCUACGUAAUACUAUCGGAAAAUUCACGAAACGAUAAAUUUAAUUCAUGGCUCCGAAAGUAUCCACAAGUCGCUGCAGCGUUAACUCUGAUUGCCAGUGGCGAUGUCGUUAUAUUGCAUGUACUUACUUCUCAAGUGGCAGGCCUGAAAAUCUUUUCUGCUACGUUUUCCGAACAUGCUGAGACCGUUAUAUUUACAACGAGCACAUUGAAUUUACUUAUUGAGGAUAUUCCGCAGUUUAUUAUACGGAUUUACUAUUGGCUAGCUGUUGUCGAAUACGAUAUUAUUCUAUUGAUUUCGUUAUGUACCAGUGCGUUAGUCUUAUUAAAUACUUUAAUUGGUCGACUAUAUCUUGGUAUAAUCCACUGUCAGAAACGACGAAGUUCGAAUUGA